AUGGGUAGCUUCGACAAAGAGGCGGUCAUGCCCGGCGGGGGCGCGGGCGCGGCGGUGAGCCCGGGAGGCGAGCCUUCGGCCGACGGCACGGCCCUGACGCGGCCGCCCAAGCGCGCGCGCUGCGACGCUGAGACGCCGCAGACCGAGUCGGCCGACCACACGACGGUGCAGCAGGAGAUGGUCGAGUCGUUCCAGCUGAUGUCCGGCGAGCUCGCGGCGCUGCGGAGCGGCAUGGUCGCGAUGAAGGCGGAGAUGGCGGCCCUGCGCGCCCACAUUGGGGUGCCUGGGCUACGCGCGCAGGUGCUGGCGGAGGCGGCGGGCGCGGCGCCGCCUGCCGCGCAGAGGGACGCGGGGGAGCGCGCCCCCGCGGACGGCGCCGUGGUGCGCGGGGCGCAGCGUCCCGCGGCGCAGGACUUGGGGGUGUUGCCGGCCCUGCAGGACGCGGCCGCGUGCGCCAGCGGGCCGCCGCGCGCGGCCGCGACGCCGCUGAAGUACUCGCUGCGGGCGCUGCGGGCGCUGCUGGCGCUCGAGGGCGCGGGGGCGGUGGUGGACCUCGGCGGGCGCACGGUGGUGGGCGCGGAGGACGUGCUCGAGGUGCACCACCGCGUGACGCUGCAGAACGGGGCGUUCGAGGGCGUCGAGGUGGAGGUGCACGCGGGGGCGAGCGGGACGCGGCUGGAGCGGCUGGAGGUGCGGUUCGGGGAGAACGGGAACGCGGCGACGACGUCGCUGGUGCGCGUGUGCGGCGCGCGGGACGUGCGGAUCGUGGACUGCCGGUUCGACGGGGAGCGGGAGCGGGAGAUCGGGGAGCGGCGGGUGACGGGGCUGUGGGUGGCGAUGGGCGCGGAGGUGGUGGUGGAGCGGUGCGCGUUUGUGGAGAACACCGGGGACGGGCUGGCGGCGGAGGACGCGGGGACGGUGGUGCGGGCGGAGGAGGUGCGGUGCUACCGGAACUGCGAGGUCGGGGCGCGCGCGGCGCGGCUGGCGGAGCUGCACGUGAGCGGGACCAUGCGCGGCAACAAGGCGGGCGUCGGGGUGUUCGAGCACGGGGUCGUGCGGGCGAACGGGGUGUUCUGCGACCAGAACUUCGAGUUCGGGGCGUGCGCGACGGGCGGCGGGGAGCUGUUCGUGAGCGGGAGCAUGUGCGAGAACAAGUUCGGGAUCAUCGCGCACGAGAGCGGCACGGUGGUGCACGCGCAGGGCGUGGUGUGCUCGGGGAACGAGUGGGGCGUGUCGGGGCAGGGCGGCGCGACGAUGCACGUGAGCGGGCAGCUGUGCAAGAACUCGCAGGGCGGCGUGGCGGCGUUCAACAGCGGCACCGAGGUGCGCGCCGAGGGCGUGGUCUCCGAGGCGAACAAGUGGGGCGCGCUCGCCAAGGGCGGCGCGGGGCUGCACGUGAGCGGCAUGUGCAGCCGGAACGAGGUCGCGGGCAUCACGGCCAUCGACGCCGGGACGGUGGUGCGCGCCGAGGGCGUGGUGUCCGAGGACAACGCCGGGAGCGGCGCCAUGGUGCUCGCGGGCGCGCGCCUGCUGCUCCGGUACGCGACCGUGCGGAACCACGCGCAGCACGGCGUCGUGAGCGAAGGGAAGGGCUCGAUUGCCGACGUCAAGCGCGCCAAGCUCAGCGGGAACGCGCUGGGCGACUACCACACCGACGGCCUGGGGAAGAUCGCCGCCAAGGACUCGGGCGCAGGCGAGACGGAGAGCCCGCCGUGA